AUGUCGUUGCGAGGCACAAAGCGGGCGUCUGGGGUGCGUGGUGAAGAACCUGGCACAUCCAAACGUCGUAGAGCAGAACCCGAAGAUGCACUCUGGCAGCUUCGGCCUGUCAGUGACCUCAAAAUGUCAUCUAUAUAUAAUAGAAAUGCCUCUGAGGCACCUGCUGAACUAUUCAGAAAAGAUCUCAUCAGUGCAAUGAAGCUACCAGAUUCGGAACCACUUACUCCUAGUGAGUACUGGAUCAUCACUGACACUUGGAAACAAGACUGGGAGAGAGGUGUGCAAGUGCCUGUUAAUCCUGACUCCUUACCAGCUCCAAAAGUUAAAAUCAUUGCUAAUCCACGGCCAUCUAACUUUCAAGAUUUUAAAUUACCUAAAGACAAGUACAUUCACCUAACGCGUGAUGCUCACUACCAGGCUGACAAGCAUUAUCUAAGUUCAACCCCAGCAAGAGCUGAGGCAGCGUGCAGCUAUGACUUGGACGCAACUGACAUAGCCUGGUUGAAAUUGUUGAAUACAGAACGAGCUCGGGCAGGAGCAUCCUCAGUUUCUGAAGAUCAACUUGAAAAAGUUAUUGAAGAACUGGAGGUCCGCACGUGGGAUAAAAUUCAGGCAAUUAUGAAAUCGGAAGAAGGCUUGGGUAUUGAAUAUGAUGAAAAUGUCAUCUGUGAUGUAUGUCGAUCACCAGAUUCUGAGGAUGGGAACGAAAUGGUGUUUUGCGAUUCAUGUAACAUUUGCGUGCACCAAGCUUGUUAUGGCAUUACUGUAAUACCAGAUGGUCAGUGGUUAUGUCGUCCUUGCGGCGCUGGUAUCAGGCCGACUUGUGUACUCUGUCCUAAUCUGGGCGGAGCCAUGAAGUGUACACCGUCUGGCCACAAGUGGGCCCAUGUUAGCUGUGUACUGUGGAUUCCUGAAGUAUCUAUUGGUUGUGCGGAGAAAAUGGAGCCCAUAACUAAAAUAACGUCUAUCCCAGCAUCGCGCUGGUCGCUGGUGUGUGUUUUGUGUCGCGAGCGUAAAGGUGCUUGCAUUCAGUGCUCAGUGAAAACUUGUAAGACUGCCUAUCAUGUCACCUGUGCAUUUAAACAUGGACUAGAAAUGCGUGCAAUAAUUGAAGAUGAAAACGCCGACGAUGGUGUUAAAUUACGGUCGUAUUGUCAGAAACAUAGCGUUAACUCCAAAAAGGAGAAAUGUCCCGGCUCGGGUUCGGAUGAGGAAGAAGUAAAAAGAAAACGACGAAAAGAUAUGACUUCUGAAGAGAAGACACAAGCUCGUGCAGCGCGUCUGCAGGAAAUAGAAGGAGAAUUUGAUCGUCAUGUCAGUGUCAAAGACAUUAGCACACAUCUUUUAGAUGUCGAUCAAGAUGCUAUAAAUUAUAUUUAUAAUUACUGGAAACUGAAACGGCGAGCAGGACACAAUCGUCCCCUGUUGCCUCCUAAGUCAGAUGACAAUGAGUUAUUGACUCAUAGACAAGAACAAGCUGAUCUUGACAAAAUGAAAAUGUUUGUGCAACUAAGGCAAGAUUUAGAGCGGGUGCGAAAUCUCUGUUAUAUGGUUAGUCGAAGAGAAAAGUUGUCGCGGUCUUUCUUUCGCAUGAGAGAACAAACAUUUCACAAACAAGUGGCGGUGUUAUCUGCGGAGCCCUCAAUAUCAGGCCCAGACUUGGCGGCUAUCAUCGAAGCUAAUCAUGGGCCAUCAAUCUAUGAUAGAUUAUAUUCUCAUGCAAAUGCUGCUGAUCACAAAAAUGACUUUGACGAUCUUCUGGCACGUAUUGCGCCUCCAGAUUCAAGCGAUGACAAAAAGAAAGAUCGAAAUGGUCUCGUGCGAGCGUCGAAAUCAGCAAAUCCUUAUAAAAAACAUUAUGUGAACGGGUCCCGGCGGAGUGGUAGUAUGUAUAGUGGACUCUCAAGUGAAGAAAGUGGCGCUGAGAUUACUCGCACGUCAAAAUAUCGUCGUGCUUUAGGGUCAACUACAGAUGAGGAUGUUAAGAAGCCUGCUACUUCUCCAAAGAAGAAGGUCUCGCCAAAAGGAAAAGGCAAAAAGUCUCCAAAGAAACCAGAAAGAAAGAAAAGAAAAAUUCCACAAUCCAAAGCUGUUGUUGAGAGUAGUAGUGAAGAUGAAAAUAUAAAAACAAGAAUAAAAAAAGAUAGAUCACGAAGUAAGACACUACAGCAAAUGGAAAAGGAGAUGAGAGCUGGAAAAAUGGGUCAAUCUGGUACUGAUAGUGAUGAGUUGAUACCAAUGCGGACAACAAGGAAUAGUAAAUUUCCGGUCGAUAUAUAUUCAGAUAGUAGUGAUGGUGCAUCUGUAAAAGAGGAAAAAAGCGAAAAAUCUACUAGACUUAGAAAUGAUAAGAUCAAAUCGGAAAAAUCUAAAUCUGUUAAAUCGCCUAAGGAAAGUGAUUCACAGCAGUCCUUACCACGCACUAAAGCUGCAAUGAAGGAAUUUAUUCCAAGCCAACCAGAGAAGAAAACGCCUCCUGCAGAAGAUAAACCAGGUCCAAAGAAGAGAGGAAGAAAACCUUCUAACAAAGAGAAGAAAAUUCCAGUCAAAACAAAUGAAUCAGAUGAUGAGGCUAAAAAUAAAGAAAACAUUAAAUUCGCCAAACAAAAAGACAAUCCAACUGAUUUAAUAGUUCCUCAAAGGCAGGCUGCUAAGAAAGCUUCUGAAAAUAUGCGCUCUACAACUGCAGUUAAGAAAGAAGAGUCAAGUACAGAAAAACAAGUCAGCGGAGAUGAUUCUAAAUCUAAACCAAAAAUUAAAUCCAAAGGCAAGGAGCCUAAAGAUCCUCCAGAGAGACUAAGCAGGAAAAAAUCUUCCAAAGACCAAGAAAAAGAACCUAUUGCGUAUGUACCGCAAAGACAAGCUGCUAAAAAGGCAGCAGCGCAUAUAAAGAGUGGACUAGGAACUAAAGUACCAGUUGCAGAAAAUGAUAAUAAUGAUAAAAAGAAAGAUGAAAAGCCUGAUUCAAAAUUCUCUCCGAAAAAAGAAGAACCAAAACGUUCAAAAUCCCCACCCAAAGAUAGUUCAAGCUCUUCAUCUAACAGUAGUAGCAGCAGCUAUUCUUCUUCAUCAAGCUCGGAUGAAGAGCCUGAAAAACCAAGCAUUAAGCCAACGGCAAAAGCGCGUGAGAUCAAACCAGUUACAAGGCAACCAUCAAUGUUUUCACCUCCUGGUGCUAGGCCAACUGUGGACUUGCCCUUUCUUGACAAGGUGUCAAGACCAUUGUCUUCAACUAGUUCCUCGAGUGAUUCUGACAGUUCUAAAGGAUCAAGAUUUUCAGGAUCCGGUAGCCCCUCUCCAAAGCGUCCCCGCAGACGGCCCAAAAGGAAAAGUAUCUCAAUCGACAGGUCCCCACGCAAGGCCCCUGACAAGAAGCUUAAAACUUCCGAACGGGGGUCCGAUUGCGGGGCUACAUCGUCGCCUAUUGAAAGAGAGGAACCGAGCAGACCCAAUGAUACGCGCGCUUCCACACGUUCUCGGACCCGAAGCACUACUGCAAGCGGAAAUUUGCCUCAUAAGCUUGAUGCCAGACAGAGAAAACCAUCUCGAGACCUCACCAUCGGACAUUCCUCUACAUCCAAUAAAAUUCCCAAAGAGAGCGUCCAGUCCACUGAACCUACAGCUCCGAAACGGAAAGCGGACGAGGAGGUAAAGAGAAAGAGUGUAGAUUCUCAAGAAGUUCCCGCCACCAAAACCGAUGUAAAAACAACGAAAGCUAUAAAACCUAAAGGCCGUGUCUCGAUCGAAGAUAAUAAAGAGGAAAAAGGCAAAGUAACUGAAAAUGAAGUUGUUCUAAUGAAGAGAACUAGCCCUAGGAAGAGUACAGAAAUAAAACACAAAGCAGUUGCAAAUCGAAGAAUGAGUGUGAAAGAUCCUCUUGAAAAACCAACUCUAUCACCACCUAAAGAAACUCGAGAAAGAGAACACGACACAUCUUUAGAAAGACGUUCUGGUAGACGUGAUUCCGUAACAACCGAUCGCGAAGAUUGUCUAUCUCCAAUUAAGAAAAUUACUUCUGCGAUAGAACAUCCAACUACUAUCGACAUUAUAGAAAAGAAACAUACACCUAUCAAUGAUGACUUUACUGACUCAGAUAAGAAUUGGUUACCUAAAGCACCCAGUCCGAAUGUUCACCCUCCACCUGUUGAAAAACCUGGCGAUCAUGAGAAAUAUAUGACUGAAGAUAAAUCCCUCGAUUCUGACUGUGCCGAUAAAAGUAGUAUUAAAAUGAUUGCAAAGAUACAGGCUAAUCUUAACGAGAACACUAUGAUUAAGUCACCAAAGACACCCAUGGACGCAAGAACAAUAGAACCAAUGGAUGUUGAUAAUUCUAUCUCUAGAAAUAUACGAAAACGUUCUUUACUGGAUACAGAUAAAAAGUAUAUUACUCAAGAUUCCAGCCAUGUCCAGGGAGUUGAAAUAUCAAAAAGUGCCAAAAUACCGUCAGCUGUUAAUACAUUUCCAAAUCGUAACAUAUUCUCUCCACAGCCCAAAGAUAACGAGUUAUUUGAAUUCGACAUGCUUGCAGUGGACGACGGUUUUAAUCACGAUGAGAUGAUGAAACCAUUUACAUCAUAUUCUGAAAUCUUCUUACAAGAAGAUUCUAAAGAACAGGGUGUGCAGGAAACAUUAAAUCUAGUAGAUAGACUUAGAAUGCAGCUAAACAAAAAAGCGCCAACAGAGAAUAUUGUGCAAGAGGAUGGAGUUAAUAAUGAUAAAGCAUUAAGAGACGAGGACUCUGAUAUAGCUUUAGAUAUUGGAAAGAGUGAACAUAAGAAUAUAUUAGAUUUAAAUGAUAAAAGAAAUUCUCCCAAAGAGAUGCAAACUAACAAUCACUUCUCAGAGUCAGUGGAGGGCGUAGAUACACCGAGAGAUAUAAUUCCAGUAAAUAAAGAGGAGACUAUGCCGUUGACCAGUAACGAUAAAUGGGUAGAUCUAACCAUAUCUCAUAAUGAACCACAAUUAGAUCAGUCUAGUGAAUCAAAAUAUGAUAAUGUAUCAUUUUCUGAAGACGUCAAAGAACCUACUACCGUUCAGUCAAUACAAUCAAUUUCUGAAGUUGCAGACUCAAUAUCAUUGUCUAAACAAAGUGACGAUUCUCAAUCACUGUCAGUAGUUGAUCAUUCUGUGCACAGUAAUGAUCACGACCUAACACAAGACAAUCAAACCUAUGAUAAUAACAAUUCAGUAAUACAUUCAGAUUGCGCUACAAUAUCCUCACCAUAUAUUGGUCAUGCUUCAAAAUGGAGAGAAAGUAAGAUAACGACACGAAGAUCCUCAGCAUCAAGUACAAAUUCUGAAGGAUCAGUUUGUUCACAGAAAGCAAAUAUAAAAUCGCAUCUUAUUUGUGAAUCACGUCAAGGCCCCGUAUUGCCGGAGAUUGAUGCCUAUCCUCCCAUACCAGCUUAUUCGUGUCGAGUGGAACCAACAAUGCCAUUAAACCAGUACACGAGCUAUCCGCCAGAGGCUUCACCGUUUUUAAGCACAAUGGGAUCUUUGCCAUUAUUUGCACCGGGAGCGUGUGCUUCUUCACAACUAUCACUACCUUCGCCGGCACCAGGGCUAUAUGCUACUGGCUUACCGUUCACUACACCUCUAUUGCAACCGCUACCAAAACCAACUUUCCCUUUAUGUGCCGCUUUUACUUCUUCGUCUCAAAAUAUCGCAUUAACAACUGCCAUGAUAGCCUCGCCCACACAAAAGCCACUUGAUUCUCCACGAGACGAAAUCGAUGUCACAGGCAGUGAUAAACUAUCUAUACAUGUUGUAUCAAGUCCUAGCAUCAGUGUCGACUCAUAUAAUGAGGCAAGUAACACGAGGGCUCCCACUAAAAUGUCCACUGACAGUAGCGAGACCAACAUGAGCUUGCCGCAGUCGGAACCAAAGUCAUCUCCAAAGCAAACUAAAUUGCUAACAAAAUUCCCCAGCAAGUCGCCUGGUAAGAGUCCGGGUAUUUCACCUAAGCAAGGCGAUACCUCGAAGAAUACAAAACGACCGAGCAACAAAAGUAACAGAAGUCAAAGAGGUCGAGGCCGUUCUAAGAGUCGAGGACAAGCUUAUCCCCCUGCAGAUUACUUAAGGAAUUCGAUUCAAAAUAAAUUAAUUGGCACUGUUUAUGAUUUUAAUGAAGAUAUAGCUAAUGACGGUGUUGAUCUAAAAGCUCUCAGAGAAAGAAGAAAAUCAAUUGAUAGAGAUGACAGAAAAUCAGAACACUCUUAUAAAGAUUCCUCUCAAUCACCUCGCGCGGAUUCUCCUCCACCACUCAAACGACCCGUAAGUGAAAAUAAAGAUAUGAAGUCCUCAACACCUGAACCUUCCGAGGAUCCUACAUCGCCAUCUAGUAAAUCUAACACUGAAAGGGGUCCUGGAUUUUCACAAGUGCAGCCUGUUUUGCCGGGACCUGUUGAUAUGCGUACAUAUAACAAUCCAUUUGAAACGCCCGUUCCACCGGUUAACGACGCUUACCAUAGCCAUUUGUUGGCCUUUGCUAGUGGCACAGCCGACCAGCAACUAGGGGAAAUAGAUGAAGAAAUGGAGAAACAACUUCACACCGCAUUGAUGGCGAGCAAGCCUAAACCAGGUACGCCAGUCGUAGUCUCUGUGCAAGAAUUAAAGGAACCAGCUAAAGACAUUAUUGCUCCACAGUUACCGAAAGUGUCAUUGAGUGACUCACGAAAUCAACUCAAAGUAAAGAUUAAAGGUCCGUUCUUAGAUGCAAAUUAUUCCGCAAGUUCUGUGCAACCAGUGGUGCCGCAACCACCUGCUCCCACACACGAAUCUAACACGAGCGCUCUAAAUACAUCAAGCAGUUCUACAAGUUCUAUGAUGACCGGUUCCACUAAUCUCAGACGCAUGCGAAAGAAAGAACUACUACGUCAAUACUGGACUCAGGAUAUGAAUAUGGAUGAUCCAACUACUGCGUCCACUAUGGGAGUAGCUCCGCCGCCGGUGCCGCCGCCUAUAGGUCGCGGUGUCAUCACUAUACCUAAAGCAGUAUCGUCUAUGACCAGUAUUCCUACAAGAGAAGACUAUAAAAUAUCUGAUACACCAGUAGAAAAGAAAAAGCGAAAGACAACCAGUGGGCUCUCCCGAGAGCUACGACAUCUGGAGGUGAGCAUGAACGACGAUGUUGAUGCAUCUGAUGAUGUUAAGUUGUCAUGCUUCGCCGGCAGUUCCAGUCAAGCUCAUAAGAGACGCGGCCGAGUAUCCAAUAAACCCAACCGCCCUAGUGCCACGUCACCCGUAGCUCCAAAAUUAAAAAUAAAGCUUGGUUCUAACACAGUUCAGCAAAUAAGCGAGGAAUCGUCCGGCUUCCAGUUUCGGCCGCCGAAAAAGCGUCUUCAAAGCAUACCUAAGCCGAGUUUUGAAGAUUUACGUCGAGAGAGUAUGAAAUAUCGACGAAUGGUAAUGGCAGACUUCGAGGAGGACGAGAAGACGAAGAAACACAAGCCCAAUAAGAGCGAGAAACGCAAAAAGAAGAAGGAAAAGAAAUCUGAAAAAGAGAAACUGCGUGUUAUUAAUAGUGAAAGUGAAAGUGCUACGAAAUUAAUAAUAAAGAUAAAGCGUACUAAGGACGAGGAAAGGAAAGCGGUAGGUACCGAGGUCGGCGGAACAUUGGCGAGCGCGGCGGCGGCAGCGCCCGAGCCGGCCGUGGACCCCUUCGACUACGACCCCACGGCGCCCGACCCGCUCGCUAUCGACCCGCCCUUCAGCUCGGAGGUCGCCACCAUGCGCAGGAUACGCACCGAUAAAGUGACGCCUAUUCGGUUAAAACUGGCGCGUAGCUCGCAGGGUUCCGGCUACGUGAUGAAGGAGGCAGGCGCCGACGGCAGUGCGGCGCCCACGACGUCCGCCGCCGCGCCCUCGCCCGCCUCGCUGCCCGUCACCGUUAAUAAACACUGUGAAGUGAGG